GUUUGUGGUAGAGGUCUCUGAACGCGAUCGCAUCGUGUUUUUAAGUUCAACAACUAAAAAGUUUAUUGUAAAAGAAAUUGUUUUAAUUGUGUCUUCUUUAAACGUUUACGAAGUGAUUUAUAAAUAUGUCCACGCAACCGCACAGCAAAAAAAGGGUUUGCUAUUAUUACGAUAGCGAUAUUGGAAAUUAUUAUUAUGGCCAGGGACAUCCCAUGAAACCCCACCGUAUACGAAUGACUCAUAAUUUGCUGUUAAAUUAUGGACUUUAUAGAAAAAUGGAAAUUUAUAGGCCUCAUAAAGCGACAGCAGAUGAAAUGACUAAAUUCCACUCGGAUGACUACAUAAGAUUUUUGCGUUCAAUUCGACCUGAUAAUAUGUCCGAGUACAAUAAGCAGAUGCAACGUUUUAAUGUGGGAGAAGAUUGCCCCGUUUUUGAUGGGCUGUACGAGUUUUGUCAAUUAUCAGCUGGUGGCUCUGUAGCUGCAGCUGUCAAAUUAAAUAAACAAGCUUCAGAAAUUUGUAUUAAUUGGGGUGGUGGAUUGCACCAUGCGAAAAAAUCUGAAGCAUCUGGAUUUUGUUAUGUUAAUGAUAUAGUUUUGGGUAUCUUAGAAUUACUCAAAUAUCAUCAAAGAGUACUUUACAUAGAUAUUGAUGUUCACCAUGGUGAUGGUGUUGAGGAAGCUUUUUAUACAACUGAUCGUGUUAUGACGGUCUCUUUUCAUAAAUAUGGUGAAUAUUUUCCAGGUACUGGAGACUUGCGGGAUAUAGGUGCUGGAAAGGGCAAAUACUACGCCGUUAAUAUUCCACUAAGAGAUGGAAUGGACGAUGAAUCGUACGAGAGUAUAUUUGUCCCCAUAAUCAGUAAGGUUAUGGAGACUUUCCAACCUAGUGCUGUGGUGUUACAGUGCGGAGCGGACUCAUUAACAGGCGACCGUUUAGGUUGUUUCAAUUUAACCGUCCGCGGUCAUGGAAAAUGCGUCGAAUUCGUCAAACGUUACGGGCUUCCAUUCAUGAUGGUUGGCGGCGGCGGAUAUACAAUCAGAAACGUUUCAAGGGCGUGGACGUACGAAACAUCAGUUGCUUUAGGCGUAGAAAUCGCCAAUGAACUUCCCUACAACGACUAUUUCGAAUAUUUCGGCCCCGAUUUCAAAUUACAUAUCAGCCCAAGCAAUAUGUCGAAUCAAAACACACCCGAGUAUUUAGAAAAAGUUAAAACACGAUUAUUUGAAAAUUUACGAAUGUUACCUCACGCGCCAGGCGUUCAAGUUCAGACAAUCCCAGAAGAUGCUAUGAAUGAAGAUUCUGAUAACGAAGAUAAGGUUGAUAAAGACGAACGAUUACCUCAAAAAGAUUUGGAUAAGAGAAUUGUACCUGAAAAUGAAUUUUCCGAUUCCGAGGAUGAAGGAGAAGGUGGAAGGAGGGACAAUCGCAGUUAUAAAAGUAGGAAAAGACCUAGGUUGGAGAAAGGAAUGGAAAAUAAGGAUAAUAUUUCAGAUGAUAAAGUCCUUAAAGACGAAAUUAAACCUGAAAAAGGUGAUGAUAAAGACGCAGAUGAGUCAAAGAAAGAUACAGGUCCUAAUCCGUGACAUAACCCUGGAAAUUAUUCCAAAUACAAGUAAGUUUUGAUUUCGUUUUGUUCCGUUAGGUGUAUUAAUAAUAUUAUAACGAUGUAAAACUAUAACUUAUUUUUUACCAAUAUGGACACAAUUUGAUCUCUAAUCUCCCUCAAGUAAUCGUUUAAUUAUUAAGCGUAAUUUGUAUUCAGUUUUACGUUUUAAUUUUUUUCCUAUUGAUUAUUUUUAUAUUAUUAGUGAGUUGUUGAUAAACUUUGAGGGUGAAUAUAUUUAUAUCACGACGAUUCAAUGUGAGUGUCCUUUUCAUAAUGAUAAUAAUAAUAAAAGUAAAUUUUAAUUAUAAAA